AUGGAUUUUAUAAAAGAACAAUAUAAUUCGUUAGUCCUAGACCUUAGAAAGACAUUUAGAAAUAAAAGAGAUGGAGUAUCUCAUAUUUUAAAUGUCAUAUGUUUAUUACUAAA